AUGGCUGCCACCACCAGCGAUGCUCAAAGAGAGCACUGCAGUGCUAAACCACCUAUGUUUGAUGGAGAAAAGUUUGAAUACUGGAAAGAUAGAAUCGAAAGUUUCUUUCUUGGAUUCGAUGCUGAUCUCUGGGAUCACAUUACUGAUGGCUACACUCGCCCUAUUGAUGAAGAUGGAGUGAAGAUCCCAAGAGACAAGAUGACUGAAGCUCAAAAGAAAAUGUACAAAGAUCAUCACAGAGCAAGAACUAUCUUGCUGAGUGUUAUCCCAUAUGAAGAAUAUGAGAAGAUCACAGACUGUGAUUCUGCCAAGGCGAUCUUCGAUUCCUUGAAGAUAUUUCAGAUGAUCAUUUCUGGAAUCAGAAUACUUGACAAAGGCUACACCAAUGCUGACCAUGUGAAGAGAAUUCUCAGAGGUCUUCCUGAGAAGUGGAUGCCUUUGAUGACUUCCUUGAAGUUGUCUAAAGACAUCAAAAAGAUGAGCUUAGAAGAACUCAUUGGUAUCCUGAGAAGUCAUGAGAUAGAUCGUGCUGAUCAUGUUGCUCAGAGGAAGCAAAAGUCCAUAGCUUUGAAGGUGAAGUCUGAGAAGACCAAGGCGCUUCAAGUUGAACAAGUGUCAGAAGAAUCGUCUGAGGACUCUGAUGAAGAUGAGCUCUCACUUCUUUCAAAGAGAAUCAAUCACCUUUGGAAGCACAGGCAAAACAAAUACAAAAGUUCAUCCAGAGCUAAAGGAAAGCAAGAGUCUUCAUCUGGUCAACAGUCAGAAGGAGUGGACUCUGAUGGCGAAGUCGUUGAAGGACUCAUGGCUAUUGUCAAAGACAAAGAAGCAGAAUCAAAGGCUGAGUCAGAUCCAACAUUAGAGGUUGAGUCAGACUCUGGAGAUGAAAGUGAGGUAUUCGCAUCUUUCUCAUUGUCUGAACUAAAAUCUGCCUUAGCUGAAAUUAUGAACAAACAUGAUUUACUUAUGACUAAGCAUAAAAGGCUGAAAAAUGAUUUUCUUGAUGCUUCUGAUAUAUCUGCUAAACAUGUGAAAACAAUUUCUGAGUUAAAAGAAAAUAAUUUCUCUUUAGUUAAUUCCAACUCUGUCCUCAAAAAUGAAAUUUCCAAGUUGGAAGAAGUUAUUCUAUCCAGUACUUCUGAUGAUAAAAAUGAAAUCAAAUGUGAAAAAUCUUUUCAGAGGUUCCUAGCUAAAAGCGUAGAUAGAAGUUUAAUGGCAUCAAUGAUCUAUGACGUUAGCAGAAAUAGAAUGAAUGAAGAAGACAAAGAUUCAGAGGAUACAAAUUCAGAAGUAAAUGCAUCAGAAGAAGCUGCCACAACUUCUGAACCUUCACGUGAGAAGAAGAGCAGAGUAAUAGCUUCUCAUCCUGAAGAAUUGAUUAUGGGGGAUAAAGAUGAACCAGUCAGAACCAGAUCCGCUUUCAAGCCCUCUGAAGAGUCUCUCUUAAGUUUAAAGGGCUUAGUCUCUUUGAUUGAGCCAACAUCAAUUGAUCAAGCUCUUCAAGAUGAAGGUUGGGUUCUGGCUAUGAAAGAAGAACUGAAUCAAUUCACCAAGAAUGAUGUUUGGAAUCUUGUCAAGUCACCAAAGGACACACACAUCAUUGGAACCAAGUCUGAAGAUGUUGAAGGAACCCGCGCUACAAGAAGGGAGCUGCAAUACUCAUCUUUGAAGGCCAUGUUACUGGUUGAUAAAAUCAGAUUUGGAAUAUAUACUCUACUAGGCGCUGUCUUUGUAUUUCACAGUUGUAGGAGUUGGCAAUUAGAAGCUUUAGUUCUUUUGUUGUUGCACGUGAUCAAUGUAUGA